AUGCCCACACCACCAGAAUGCCCAGCUACUCCGGGAGUAAAAUUUCAGCUGAAAAAUGGACGUGAAGAUCACACUAACGGCGACAGCCCAUCACAUGAAAGUUCAUCGUCGGCAGAAGAUCAGCAGAAGAAGCCCAAAGACGCUCCUAGGCAGGAAGACGACAAGAGAGAUGACGUCGAUGGGUAUGGCGAAGAAAUAGAGUCCAACCCAAAAAAAAUGAGUGCAGGCACAGAGAAUGUCGGUCAACGCAUUCAGAAACCAGAAGAUAUAAAUAUCAACAUUCGUAUAAGCGUUCCAACCAUCGAUUCUACUAAGAUGAUUAUGACAACUAAAGUUGUGCCGCCGCCAGAGGAUCCGAAGAAUGACGACAAGAAAGUUGGUGUUCUUUGACCAGAUCAACAAUUUUGACCUCCACUAUGCAUCAGUCAAUCUACCUCUAUGUUUUGCCGUUCAUCUCCUUCAUGAUCACUGCUACUGUUUGCUGAUUGUGUUUUUAUUUUGAAUAAGAGUUUCUCUCUAUAGAUCUGCCCUUAUGGACGAUCUAUGGAAUAAAUGUUAGUCAAAUGUGAGGAGUUAUCCCUCAUGGCCUGAAUAUUUCAGUGUGAGGGGUAGUUAUCUUUCACAGCCGGUUUAAAUAAAUUUUUCUAAGAUAUUUGGCUACCAUUAUCUUAGAUUUAAUCUGUUUAGAGCAGAUAUAUCCUUUAACUAUUUUUGUACAAUGGUUAGUAAAAGUUGAAAAUAAUAGAUAGUACUUUAUUGUAAAAUUUUUGUUUAAAUAAUUAAAUCUAUGAUUUUGUAAUCUCAUAGCAUGUACCUAUGAUUUUGCAGAGCUUUAUGC